AUGGAAUUGUCACUAGAGCUCGUGUUCGGUCUCAUGUUCAUCGGCAUCGCCGCCGUGCUUUUGGCUUCAAUAAACUGGGCGAUCGUCAAGGGGUUUCACCCGGAAUUGGAAAGAUCCAGAAAAGGACGCCCGGAGUCCGGAAUCUGGGGGCUGGUUGCUGGGCAAGGAGAUUGCCAAAAUUGCGGUGAUGUUGUCGAGCCGUUGGGCGGAGCCGGUUCGAUCGAUUUUGCAGACAAUCGAAUCAUCAACAAUUUUGGCUGCGCUUCAUGGAUGCUAACCUGCACUAAUGAAAAUGUUUUUGCCACGAUUUUGAUGAAUGGGAAAUCCAAAGAAGGCUUCGAAAGCCAAAUUCAGUCUCUUGAUCUUUUGCGCUAUCCUCGCCCUGACUUCGGCGGUGUGUCCGGCGGUGGAACCGAAUUCGAAUGUUGUGUCCCUCGGACCGGCCAUCGACGGGACGUGUUC